AUGUCCGUCCGGCUCAUCAUAACCGCCUGCCGCAAGCCCGACCUCUCCCCUGAAGCCUUCAGAACCCACUACGAAGCCCACGUCGAGCUGAUCAAGCGCCUCGCCGCUGACACCUUCCCCCUCUGCCAUCGACGCAGCUAUCUCCUUCGCACGACCGUCUCCGUUCCUCCUGACGAUGCCACCUCCCGCAACUCCAACACCCCAGCAACCGUGCUGAAGGGCGCGCAGUCGGACUUUGACUUUGAUGUCACGGCGGAACUCACUUUUGUCGACCAGGCUGCGUUGGAUCGGUUUGUGGCAAGGGUGCAGGAGCCGGAUGUGGCUAAGGAAAUUGCCGCGGAUGAGGAGAUGUUUGUGGAGAGGUCUACGGUUGUGGUUGCCAUGCUUGAUGGGGUUUGGGAGACGAGGAAUGACUGA